AUGAAUCUUUACCUAAAUGUGCUCCACGAAAUAGAGGCGAUCCUUCAAAGGUGCAACGGAGACGUGUAUCAAAAGGUUCGGAAAAUAAUCGAGUACAUUCGGGAGAACUACCGGGAAGAGCAAGAGGAGGUGGUCGCGCCGAAGAGGGGCAGUGGCGCCAAGAAGAAGAGAGCCCAUUCGAGGCGGCGCGAUGAGAAAGACACGGGCGCGGCGAAGCAGACAACGAAGCAGUCAACGAAGCAGACCACAAAAUUGACCACAAAACUGACGAAGCAGACGGCCAAAGUGACAACAAAAAUGACAACAAAACUGACGGCGCAGGGCGAAAACGCGAACAGCAUCAAGAAUUACUUCAAAGUGGUGAAGAGGGAAGCCCCCCCCCCAAACCCGCAUAACGCAGACACGCGCGCGGAGGAUGCCAAAACGGAGGGAUCAUCCCAAAUGGAAAAAAAAAAAAAAAACAGCAUUCCACUGAUUAACACGUUUUUUUUCUACGGAUAUUAUAACAUUAUAAUAAUUAUAUACUACAUUAUACAGAAGGUAAACCUCCAUAAUGAGGAGGACCUUUUUUCGAGUGACAGCCACCAUGGGGGAAGCCCCAACGGAGGUGCCAAAGAUUUCAUAAUACACAGUAACAAACUCGUUACGCACAUCAUGUGUCCGCAACUGAAGGACAACGACUUGAAGGGAUUAAACCAACUGGUGAAGGAGAUAGCCACGCAGAAGUUUAGCACCCUCCACAUAUUCAUUGUGGAGUCCUUCGAUUCCUUAAAUGAUCAGUUUAGGAAAAUGUUUAUAAGCAAAAUGAACCAAAUGAACCAAAUGAACCAGACGAACCAGACGAAUCAGACGAACCAGACGAACCAAGUGGGCAAAAGUAAAAACCUCCUUUUCAUUCACAGCACGGUCCGUUUGAAUGACAUUUGUUUGGCCAACUGCCUGUAUGUCAGAAUCCCCAAGCCAGAAAAACUUUCCUUCCUUUCUCAUUUUUUGCACUUAUCUGAAGUUACCUACAAAAUGGGUAUCCACAAUAACGAGAGAAGGGACUACCUGGAAAACAUCCUGAGCAGUUGCAACUACGACGUUUCGCUCAUCCUCACCCUGCUGUACUUCAUCAAGCUGAAUAACUUCCCAGAAAUAAGCAAAAUUAUAAAACUGAUUGUCAAUACGAAUGUAAAAAGGCUAGUUUGCAUCAUUCACAAAUGCAUCAUUUCGAAAGGUUCCCUUUUUUUGAUUAGAAAUAUUUUGUACUCCAUUUUAUAUACGUACAAUUUUGACAUGCACAAUUUUUUGACACUUUUUUGCAAGCAGUUGACUUCUUUCCACAAGGACGAUGAUAAUUAUAAGAAGGAGAUCUUCUCCCUGUUUUCAGAAUAUAGUUACUACACUUCUUUGCAUAACAAUCACGUUUGCUCCUUGGAGAGCCUCGCCUCCAAGGUGAUUCUCCUUGAGCAGAAGUACGUCGCCACGUUCAACCCCAGCUCCCCCAUUUCGGAGGACAAGGACGAACUCAGCACCAGCUAUCAGUCCGAGCUCGCAUGA